CUUCCCAACUUCUGUACGAAAAGGAACGGCGGGCUGAGCGCGCAGGUCCGGUUGGAGGGGAGCAGGACGUCGCGCCGCGGGGACGCACGACGUGCCCGACUUUUCUCUCAGUCGACACACACAACGGGGGAGAAGCGGCAGAAACAUGGGCGUCAAGUUCCUCUGGGAUUCAUUUUAACAUCCACACGAGCCACUCCACACUACUUCGCGGCAACUUGCUUAAUCAGACGCCGACGGACCGAUUUCUUUCCCACGGCGCCGAGUUCCUCGCAGCUCCGCGACCCAUGAGGAGGGACGGCGCGGUUUACGCGCAGCUGGAGCCUCCGACCGGCCGCCCCCGUCCCCGCGCGCCGGUCCGUCGCGCCCAGCUCGAACCGGCGGCACCGGCGGACUCCGACCGCGCGCCGACGGAGGAAAGAGUCUCCUUGAUGGAAGACCAUGCGGCGCUUUGAACCCAUGGAGACAUGGCACAUAGGUUCCUCUCAUCUACGAACAGAUCCAGCACCCGAUUCGCCUUCAUCUUCACCGUGUCGCUGUCCUGCACCUACCUAUGCUACACCAUCCUCUUCUGCCGCGGCACCGUCAUGAGCAACCAGGCUUACGAGGGCAGGAGAUGCUCGCCGAGCAAGAACGCGGGGGGGAAGAAACUUCUUGGAAAACUGGAGAAUUGCGCGUCGCCGGGCGUCCGGUCCGUUGUGGAGGAGCCCGCCGCCCGGCGAGGACCGAGCGAGGUCAGCGAGCCGAGCGGAGCCCCGGGCGGCCCGGCGGGGGGGCAGUGGGCCGACGUGAAGUUCAGAAACAUGAGCGUUGCGCAAAGAUAUGGGGACAAGAAGCUGCCCAACGCGUUAAUAGUCGGCGUGAAGAAAGGAGGCACCAGGGCGGUGCUGGAGUUCAUCCGGAUACAUCCAGAUGUGCGCGCUCUUGGAACAGAGCCGCACUUUUUCGACAGGAACUAUGACCGAGGGCUCGACUGGUACAGGGGACUGAUGCCUCGAACGCUAGACAGCCAGAUCACCUUAGAGAAGACGCCCAGCUACUUCGUCACCAGAGAGGCCCCGCGACGCAUCUCCAGCAUGUCCCGCGAGACCAAGCUCAUCGUGGUGGUGCGCAACCCCGUCACCAGGGCCAUCUCCGACUACACGCAGACCCUCUCCAAGAAGCCCGACAUCCCCGCCUUCGACCAGCUGGCCUUCAAGAACAGGAGCCUGGGCGUGGUGGACGCCUCCUGGAACGCCAUCCGGAUCGGGAUGUACGCGCUGCACCUGGACAACUGGCUGCAGCACUUCCGCCUGUCGCAGAUGCACUUUGUGAGCGGCGAGCGGCUGAUCACGGACCCGGCGGGGGAAAUGGGCCGCGUGCAGGACUUCCUGGGGCUGAAGCGGAUCAUCACGGACAAGCACUUCUACUUCAACCGAACCAAAGGCUUCCCCUGCCUGAAGAAGCCGGAGAGCAGCGGGCAGCCGCGCUGCCUCGGCAAGUCCAAGGGCAGGACUCACGUGCAGAUCGAGCGCGAGGUCAUCGAGCAGCUGCAGGAGUUUUACAGGCCGUUUAAUGUCAAGUUCUUUGAAACUGUGGGGCAAGACUUCAAGUGGGACUGAGGGGGGGGCGGGGGGGUGUACGGGAACAGAUGGGAUGUGCCUCUAAAUGGUGUUUGUGGGAUUUGGGUUAUUCUGAUGGAUGCAGAGGCCGAGUUUCUUUGCCGCAGCCGUCGACAGAAAAGCGGCAUUAACGGUAUUGUUGACGUGUUCGUUCUGCUCUAAAAGGUCCGUCGCGCAGAGCAGAGAGUCCCAGCGCAAAGUUGCACCAAAUGAGCCGGGCAAUUAUUCCUCGGAGAGCUUCUCCUUCUUCUCCUUAUUAUUGUUGAAAGGUCACCUGCAGGUUUGCCGGAUACAUGUAUUGCAACUGAAAAGGUAAAAAAAAAAAUAAACAACAGCUAUAUUUAAACAGAUGCUAUAACUCUGACAAAGGAUUACCGUUUAUUCAACUUCAGCGCUUCCCGUGUCAGUAUUUUUGUUGUGAUCAUCAAAAUAAAAAAGGUAAAAGUCUUGAA